GUUAAAAAUAAAAAUGUUCUCUAAUGGCGGAAAAACAUAACUCAACAGGCCGCAAUGUAUUCAAUUCAUUAAUUUUGAGAAAAUUCUUUCGGAAAAAUCCUCCUAUGGCUGAAACUACAAAAAAUUCUUUGACAAACGAUAAAGUCGAAAACGAAUUACAACAGAAUGACAAAAGAGAUGUAAACGAUAGCAUUAAAAGUCCAGAUGCAGCUUCUGCUGAAAAUAAAGAAAAAGUCGAGACAGAGGCGCCGUUACACAAUGAUCCAUCUGCAAAACCAACUCAACAAACAGCUUUUGACUCUGCUGCUACUUUAUUGGCACAAUACGGGUAUACUUUAGGAGAACAACUCGGUAAGGGUAGCUACGCGGUUGUUCGCAGUGCAAACUCUAAAAAACAUAAAAGAAAAGUGGCAAUUAAAAUAAUAUCCAAGAAAAAAGCUCCCGAUGAUUAUUUAACUAAAUUUCUUCCGCGAGAAAUUCAAGUUCUUAAAAGACUAAAACAUGAAAGUUGCGUAUCUCUACUAGAGGCAAUUGAAACCAACAGUCGAAUAUAUUUGAUUAUGAAUCUCGCUGAAAAUGGAGAUCUCUUAGAAUAUAUUCGAGAUAAAGGACCUUUAACUGACGAUAGCGCCAGAGUUUUUUUUCAGCAAUUAAUAAGUGCUACUGAAUACUUUCAUUCUCACGGAGUUGUUCAUCGUGAUCUAAAGUGCGAGAAUUUAUUACUUGAUGCAAACUUUACAUUGAUUGUUUCUGAUUUUGGUUUUGCAAAAGUGCAACAAAUUAAUCAAGAAACAGGAAAAAAAAAACUGAGUCAAACUUUUUGCGGGUCUUAUGCAUACGCACCACCGGAAAUUUUGAGAGGAAUACCUUAUGAUGGAACAAUUGCUGACAUUUGGAGCUUAGGGGUAGUUCUAUACACCAUGGUAAACGCUAGUCUUCCUUUUGACGAUUCAAAUUUAAAAACACUACUCGAACAAGUUAUGCGACCAGUGCAUUUUUCAAGUAGAAAGAAAAUUUCACCUGAAGUCAAAGACUUAAUUAGUAAAAUGCUGGUACCUAACGUAGACAAGCGCGCAUCUAUAAAAGAGAUUCAAAUUCAUUGUUGGUUUAAAGGCGAAAAAUUACCUGUACCAUCAACGUCAAAACAAGAUGUUACCGAAGUUAAAGAAUAA